AUGCCUUACUUGCCAGGAUUACCGCCUGAAGUAAUUGGUCAAAUCCUUGAUGAGAUCCGGGACUCCGCAACUCGCACUGAUCUUUCAAACUUCUCCCUCAUAUCUCGUGCCUGGUGUAGACCAGCUCAAUCGCUGUUGCAUUCGCAUGUAUCCAUCGGCAAGGAAGAAAAGGUCCAGCUGUUGAUUCAGAAGUACACAUUAUAUCCAUAUCUUCGGGAACUUGCGAGUUCCAUACAUCUGUAUGGUUGGGAAAUCCGCUCGUUUUCGGAAGGAUUGCUUGCUUUUGAGGAAACGAUCAUGGCAGAGAAGUUUGAACAGCUCAUGGACAUGUUCAAAGUGGGAGGGAGAUGUAUUAGGGAUCUUUAUAUCGAGUCGUAUGCUUGGAACGAAGAGCAUUCCCGGAAGAUAUUGAACAGCUUUCCUGCAGUCGAGAAACUCGUCAUGCACCGCAUCGACUUGUCCAUGUCACCAGAAAAACUCGUAUUUUUGGUAAUGGGAAUGGCCAACCUGACAUCGUUGUCCUUGUACUCGAUGACCUGGCUGGAACGUCCAAACUUUGAAGAACGAAUGGCCCGUCUUUCUCUUUCUCAGUGCGCAAAGCGGUUAUCCCACCUCGACAUAUGUCCCGUCAACACCUUACCUAGUCUGUUGAUUCUCCUGUCAGGACCGGCAUUUGAUUGGUCGGGCUUGCGGUCAUUGACGCUCGGGUGGCAAGACCAUAGCGAUCCUAAUUCAUACGAGGCAAUCAAAGGUUUUCUGUCAUUACUUGGUCCACAAGUCACCCAGCUCACCAUCAGUACACCAUCCUCGAUCGACGACGAAAGGGCAAUGAAUAGCGCCUUGUGUCUGAGAGAUUUGAUUUCAACGCAAGUAUUGUACCACUUUACGUCUCUUAGACGGCUCGCCUUCUGCACCUACGAUGUCAAUCGGCCUUUUGAGACUAGCCACUACAAGAAUUUCAUCGGCUAUUAUCAUACCCGUACUCUUCUAAAGACGAUGAGAACACCUAGCACUGUCGAAGAAAUCGAAAUCAAAAUAUUAAAGCCGCCCUUCGGCUCGAGCGUUCCUGCGACGUGGCAUCCACUGCGCGACCUUAUUCGUUCAUCGGAAAUUUUCCCCAAUCUGAAGGGAGAGCAGGGUUUAUGGGUGAUAAACGACAGUGGCAGACGUGCGCAUGAAAAUACGAGUAUAAGAUAG